AUGACCUCAAUAACUGAAACCACACAAACAGAUGAUAAUUUACCAAAAUCUGUUAAAUGUGAUAAAAAGAUACAAUGUAUUUGUAAAACUGUUGAUAAAGAUGUACAAUCAGAAGAAAAACCAGUGAAAACAAAACAGACAGCAUCUGGUACAACGAAAUCCAGUUAUUUUACACGUAUUCUUCAAAUGGAAACUGUACCUGAUAGACCAGAAGAGAAAAAAGAAGAUUCUUCUUCAGACAUAGUUUAUCAUCGUAGUCAUCAAGUUAUAACUGAUACAAAGAGUGUUGGUACUGAUGAAUUUCUAUUAAGAAGUAUCCGAUUACCUGAAGAAAGCAAAGAUGCUGACAAUAUGGGUAAGAUUUCAAAAACAACAACAACAACAAUUGUUCAGUUACAAAAAUCCACUGAAAAUAAGUGUGUAGAUAUUAUUCCUGUUCAUUAUGAACUUGUGCAGUCUCAAACUUCCUAUGAUGAUAUUCAUACAUCUGAAACAAGGCAUGUUAGAUUGCAGAAAGGAACACCAUGGUCAGAUGUAAGAGUAGCAGAUGUUUCACAAGACAUUUCAUCAGCACUGGUUGAUUCAAUUGGAAGUUAUUUCCCUCAACAUCAUUCGGUUGCAGUCAGUGCAAGAUUGAGCCAUUCAGUUUCUCCUACAGCGUCAACGAGUAGAAAUGGUAAUGGGAACGGUAAACCUACAUAUCCACAUUCAAAACCAAAUGUUGUAAGUUGGGGAAUACAAUUUGCACCGGUAAUGCUUACAGGAGUGACACAAACCACUGAAACUCUGAAACAUAGAACAACUCCUGACUUAUCAGUGAGUGUAGGUGUUCAAGCUGAUUCAGAAUACACAGGUGAAGACGAUUACUACAUAAAAAGGGUUGUGACAACGAUAGCAAGAAAAGGACUAUCAUCCUACUGUCGUAGAGGUCCAGUAGCCAAGAAGAUCGUGGAACAUACUGAUUUAUUAACAUCAAGUCUGCCUAGUAAUCUAGAUGAUGAGUUGGAUGAAGAAGUUACAGCGGGACCGAAAGCAACGAAAAAAUAA